AUGGAGAGAGGUCCUGAAAAAGCUGGUGCGGAUAAAACAAAAUUCACAGAAUGCUGGGAGACAUCUCGUAAAACACCUUACAUCAUGCGCCUUGCCAUGUCUGCUGGCAUUGGAGGCCUUCUCUUUGGAUAUGACACUGGCGUUAUUUCUGGAGCUCUGUUGUAUAUCAAGGAAGACUUUAAAGCUGUCCAGGACAAAACAUGGCUUCAGGAAACAAUUGUGAGCAUGGCCGUGGGCGGUGCGAUUGUAGGAGCUGCAUUGGGGGGUUGGAUGAGCGAUAAGUAUGGAAGAAAAAGGUCGAUUCUUAUAGCUGAUGUUGUGUUCUUUUUUGGUGCAAUUGUGAUGGCUGCUGCCCAACUUCCUUGGAUGAUAAUCCUGGGAAGAAUCUUGGUGGGUUUAGGAAUUGGAACGGUGUCCAACACUUCCCCCCUUUAUAUCUCAGAGGCUUCACCUGCUAGAAUCAGAGGUGCUCUUGUUAGCAUUAAUGGCUUGUUCAUUACUGUGGGGCAGGUCCUCUCUUCUCUCAUUAACUUAGCAUUCACCAGGACGCCGGGCACCUGGCGUUGGAUGCUUGGGACAGUUGGAGUGCCCUCUUUAGUUCAAUUCGUAUUGAUGCUCUCCCUUCCUGAGUCUCCCAGAUGGUUAUAUAGGCAGAAUAAGGUGGAAGAAGCUAGGGCGAUUCUGGAAAAGAUCUAUCCGGCAAAAAAUGAAGUUGAAGAAGAAAUGAGUGGGUUGAAGUCAUCAUUGGAGGAAGAGAAGUCUGAAGAAAGUGCAAUUGGGGAUGACCUGAUUUCAAAAGUUAAGAAUGCAUGGAGGAACACAGUUGUCCGCAGGGGUCUGUAUGCAGGCAUUACUGUCCAAGUUGCACAGAAUUUGGUGGGAAUCAGAAUGUAUUACAUUCCCUCCAUUCUGCAACUGGUUGGAUUUGCUUCAAACACCACAGCUCUAGCAUUGUCUCUCGUAACCUCAGGCCUCAAUGCUGUGGGAACAAUCAUCAGUAUGCUGCUUGUAGACAGGUAUGGGAGGAGGAGGCUGAUGAUAAUCUCCAUGUUCGGGAUCAUAAGCUGUUUGACUCUCUUAUCUGGCCUCCUUUAUCUCGCCUCUCAACAUUCCCCGCCAGUUAGCCUCUCCCAAUCCCAACAAUUUGGCCUCAAUUCAACCUGCUCCAAUUUCUUAUUCACACCCGGAUCAAAUAAUCAACCAUCAUCCUGGAGCUGCUACUCGUGUGUGCAUCAGCAUGCCACCUCUCAACACUGUGCCUUCUGCUCUAACAAAGCCGGCAAAUAUAAUCCAGGAGCCUGUUUAUCUGUGACGGAUGAAGUGAAACACUCGUGCCAGUCAGAAGGGCGUUCAUGGUACAUAGAAGGCUGCCCCAGCAAAUAUGGGAUCUUUGCAGUCUUGCUCCUCGGAUUGUUCAUCAUAUCCUACGCUCCUGGGAUGGGGACACUGCCAUGGGUCGUGAAUUCGGAGAUUUACCCUUUGAGAUACCGCGGUAUUGGAGGAGGAAUAGCCGCAGUAGCUAACUGGGUUUCAAAUCUCGUCGUCUCACUCACUUUCUUGACUCUCAUAGAGGCUAUUGGCACUUCAGGGACAUUCCUCUUGUUUGCAGGCUGUUCACUCAUUGGACUUGUGGCCAUCUUCUUCCUCGUACCUGAAACCAAAGGACUGCAAUUUGAGGAGGUCGAAAAGAUGCUGGAAAAAGGAUACAAACCCAGCUUGUUUUGCUACAACAGAAACACCAAACAGCAGUCAGCCGUCCAAGGUGGUUAAGUAACCAAAAUCUUUCCAGCA